GUCAAUACACGCACAACGACACAUCAAGCUACACUUUCCAGUAUAAAUUGAACCAUUAUUAGACGGGAAGCAUAUACAAUGCGAGACCAUCCUUUAUUGGAAAUGAGUAGCUUGAUGUCUCGGUGUACCUACUGUACAAAGGAUUCAGAAGAACCAUUAUUCAACUUUGUUCCCAUGGAAGCAGUACAUUCAGAUAGAAACAAGGGAAAUCAAUUGCACCUAAAAAGACCAAAUGGUGAAGAUAACAGUGUGACUUCGUAUACAUUUAUAAAAAAGCCUGCCCUGGGAUUCAAGAUUGUACGCAUUGAAAUAUAUGAUGCUAAAGAUUUCAUGGACCGAGAAGACACCCUCUGCAAAUGUAAAGCGGAGUUGUGUGCACAACAUGUCGUAAAACAUGUAUUAUUCGACGAUAUUUACAAAUCCGCAAAUGAAUUAAUUCAAAAGAUUCAAAAUAAUUUAGAGAAUUAAAGAAAUAAAUGUUCAGAU